GUCCCAGCACAUACAAAACACUAUCAGACACCGAUUGCGCCGCCGCCGCCGCUUCCACAGUCAGCGGCCCAGCACGCUCCGUCACCAUUCGUCUGUGACACACCCCUCCGACGCGCUCUUGACAUUCUUGAUGUACUUGAGCAGAGUGCCACGCUCAACCUACACAGACACAUUCAUGAAUGCUACGACGCGGCCAGCCCAGAUCUUUCGUCUGACGCAUGCACCUUGUAAGGCGGCGGCGUGAAUUGCUGUCUCCUCUUGUCCAUUUCGUCAUCGGAUACGUCCACGUCGAUCUCGAGUGUGUCUGCGUCGAUGGUGAUGGUGUCGCCGUCACGCACCAGUGCGAUGGGGCCGCCCUCCUGCGCCUCAGGACAUAUGUGACCGAUGAUGAACCUGCACACACAGCACAGCACAGCACAGCACAACACAGCACGGGGGGAGAAUGGGUUGACAGCUGCAGGGAUCGUUAGUCGUGUGUGGGUACCCGUGCGAUCCUCCUGAGAAUCUCCCGUCUGUGAGGAGGGCCACAUCCUUGCCGAGGCCAGUGCCCACAAUUACUGACAGCCAAUCGGGACAACAGAUGGAUGACUGGCUGGCUGGAACACAUGUACCCAUCCAUCAUCGCCCGCCCACUCCCUCACCUGACGUCGGUGUGAGCAUCUCAGGCAUCCCCGGCCCGCCUUUCGGACCCUCGUAACGAAUCACGACCACAUCGCCCUGCACACACCACACCACACCACACACGAUGGAUGAACUCCUACGACCAGGACACAUGCCGUGCAUGGCAUGGCUGUGUUCUCACCUGCUUGAUUUGUUUCUUCUCCGCUGCCGAGAGCAUGUCCUCCUCGCAGUCGAACACGCGAGCAGGGCCCCUGAAGCGCGACCCCUCCUUGCCCGUGAUCUUGGCCACCGCGCCAUCUGGCGCAAGAUUGCCCCGCAGGAUCUUGAUGUGGGCCUUGGGCUGCAGCGGCUUGCUGACGGGCAGGAUGACCUUCUGCGCGUUGAAGUCUAAUGGCUUCGCCGCCUGUCCACACACACACACAGAUGCGCACAGCCAGGCCGUGACGACAGCAGCCACAGCUUACAGUGUAUGUUGGCUGUCUCACCUGCAGGUUCUCCUUGACGGUUUUGCCGGUGACGGUGAGGCAGUCGGGGUGUAGGUAUCCCUCCUCCAGCAGGUGGCGCAUGACGGACGGUAUGCCGCCGAUCUUGUGGACGUCCUCCAUGACAUAGGUGCCGCUGGGCUUCAGGUCUGCGAUGAGGGGCGUCUUGUCGCUCGCACGCUGGAAGUCGUCGAUGGUCAGGGCGAUGCCCACCGACCUCGCCAUGGCGAUCAGGUGCAGCACCGCAUUGGUGGAACCGCCCAGAGCCAUCACCACCGUCAGGGCGUUCUCGAAGGCCUGAUGAUCGGAUCCGCAACACACAGACAGAAAUGUACAAACAGGGCGUUUCCCUCCCUCCUUUCUCCCAUCUCGCUGCUCUCACCUCUCGUGUCAUGAUGUCCUUGGGUCUGAUGUUCUUCUCUAGUAAGGCCUUGACGGCAGUGGCGGCCUCCGCGCACUCCUGCUGCUUCUCGGGCGACACAGCAGGGUUGGACGACGAGUAAGGCAGCGACAUGCCGAGAGCCUCAAUGGCGCUCGCCAUCGUGUUGGCGGUGAACAUGCCGCCACACGCACCAGGCCCCGGACAGGCGUGGAAGUUGAUGUCCAGCCGUUCCUCCUCAGUGAUGGCCCCCCUCAGGUAUCUUCCGUACGACUCGUUUGCAUCCAGGACGUUGAUCACCUCCCCCUUGCUGGUCCUGCCUGAGGCGAUGGUGCCGCCGUAGAGCAUCAGGGAGGGGCGGUUGAGGCGGCCCAUGGCAAUGAUGCAGCCGGGCAUGUUCUUGUCGCAGCCGGGGAGGGUCACCAAAGCGUCAUACCACUGAGCACCCAUCUGCAGACAGACAGACAGACAGACAAGCCAACCAGCAUCACAACACACUACACCUGUGUUCUCUCCCUCCCUCCCUCCCUCCCUCCCUCUCUUCCUCCCAGGUGCGGCAACAGACCAGUGUUUCGAUGCUGUCAGCGAUGAGGUCCCUGGAUUGCAGCGAGAAGGACAUGCCGUCGGUGCCCAUGGAGAUAGCGUCGCUCACCCCGACAGUGUUGAACUGGAAGCCCACCAGCCCCUCGGUCUGCAGCUGCUCCUUGACGCGGUGCCCCAGGCCCAGCAGGUGCAUGUUGCAGGGGUUGCCUUCGUACCACACGCUCGCCACGCCCACCUGCGGCUUGCUGAGGUCCUCCGGCUUGAGGCCCGUGGCCAUCAGCAUGGCCUGGGAAGCGCCUUGGCACUUGGGCUGUGUGAUGCGGCAGCUGAAACGGUUCAGUUUCGACAUAUCCUCGAUGUCUGGGGUGGCAGCAAACAUACGGUUGAACGGCACCGCGGAAGAAGAAGAAGAAGAAGAAGAAGACCAACACGGCUGAUCCAUUAUUUUGUCAGUACUGCUAUUCUUUCCUUCGGAAUUGAGUUGAAUGAAUCAAAUCGAUACAGGAUUGUCUGUCAACUGCCGCCGUCACUCAGAGUCUUACGCUCUACCGACCGACAGCCCAUCAAAGAACAAGGGUGUCAGUCCACCUACAGAGAUCAGUGGACGCACUCACGCACAGAGACUCACAUUCAGAAACUCUCUCCCCAACCACGGCCACCAAGGCCGCAAACCCCCCCCCCCCC